AUGGCGGGCUCCCGGCUCCCACGGCAGCUCUUUCUCCAGGGCGUGGCCGCUGUCUUCAUGUUCGCCUUCGCGUCCCUUUACACGCAGAUCCCGGGCCUGUACGGCCCCGAGGGCAUACUGCCUGCCCGGAGGACACUGCGGCCCCAGGGAAAGGGCCGCUGGCAGCAGCUGUGGGAGACCCCCACGCUGCUGUGGGAGGCGCCACUUCUGGGGCUGGACACUGCCCAGGGCCUGGAGCUACUGAGCCUGCUGGGCACCCUGCUGGCCCUGGGUGCCCUGCUGACGCGCCAGCUGCGCCACCUGCUCGUGUACCUGCUGCUCUGGGCCACCUACCUGUCUGUCUACCAGGUGGGCCAGGUGUUCCUUUAUUUCCAGUGGGAUUCCCUGCUGCUGGAGACCGGCUUCCUGGCUGUGCUGGUGGCCCCUCUGGGGCUUCCCCCCAACCACAAGCAGGCCCCCCAGGGCAGGCCAGGAGGGGUCUCCCCCCAUGAAGCCCUUCCCUUCUGGCUCGUGCGCUGGCUGCUGUUCCGCCUCAUGUUUGCCUCGGGUGUGGUCAAGCUGACUAGCCGUUGCCCCGCAUGGUGGGGGCUCACUGCCCUCACCUACCACUACGAGACUCAGUGCCUGCCCACGCCGGCCGCCUGGUUUGCCCACCACCUGCCCGUCUGGCUGCACAAGCUCGCCGUGGUGGCCACCUUCCUCAUCGAGAUCGCGGUGCCACCUCUGUUCUUCGCUCCUGUCCGCCGCCUGCGGUUGGCUGCAUUCUGCUCCCAGGUCUUGCUGCAAGUCCUGAUUAUCAUCACUGGCAACUAUAACUUCUUCAACCUGCUCACCCUGGUGCUCACCACUGCCCUCCUGGAUGACACACACCUGGCUGCUAAGUCUAGCACCAGCCGCCGCAAGAGGACGCCUAGCUCCUGGCCCAAGGCCCUGUUGGCCGUGCUGACCCUGCUGCUGGAGUUGGCUGUCUACGGGCUGCUGACCUAUGGCGUGGUGCACUGCUUCAGCCUGGAGGUGGACUGGGAGCAGCACAUCGUUCACUCCAGAACCAACUUCACCUUCCACCAGUUCUCCCAGUGGCUGAAGACGGUGACCCUCCCCACCAUGUGGCUGGGUGCAGCCUCUCUGGCCUGGGAACUUCUGACCGCCCUGUGGAGGUGGGUGCAGGUGCGAGGGUUGCUGCAGAAGCUCUGUGCUGCCGUCCAGCUGUCCAUCUUUGGCACCGCCACGGUGGCUUUGUUCAUGAUCAGCCUGGUGCCCUACUCCUACAUGGAGCCUUCGAGCCAUGGGCGCCUCUGGACUGGGGCCCACCGCCUGUUUGGCACCGUGGAGCACCUGCAGCUGGCCAACUCCUAUGGCCUUUUCCGCCGAAUGACUGGCCUGGGUGGGCGGCCAGAGGUGGUGCUGGAGGGCAGCUAUGAUGGGCUCCAGUGGACGGAGAUCGAGUUCAUGUACAAACCCGGGAACCUGAGCCGGCCACCCCCGAUCGUGGUGCCCCACCAGCCGCGCCUUGACUGGCAGAUGUGGUUUGCGGCCCUGGGCCCCCACACGCACAGUCCCUGGUUCACCAGCCUGGUGCUCCGCCUGCUGCAGGGCAAGGAGCCUGUGAUCCGCCUCAUCCAGAACCACACUCCCGAUUACCCCUUCCACAAGCAGCCGCCCACGUAUGUGCGGGCCCAGCGCUACAAGUACUGGUUCUCGCAUCCUUGGGAGCAAGGCCAGUGGUGGCGACGCCAGUGGGUGGAAGAAUUCUUCCCAUCCGUGUCCCUGGGGGACCCAACGCUGGAUAUGCUGCUCAGGCAGUUUGGCCUUCAGGACAGAAGCCCACCCCGGGCCCGCGGCUCCAACAACACCCUGACCCAGGUCCUCCACUGGGUACGGAAACAGCUGUCUCACCUGGAGGCCCCCACCCUGCUCUGGGGGCUCCUCGGGGCUGUGGGGGCCAUCAAGGUCAUGCAGGCCCUGCUGGGCCUGCAGGCCCUGCCUCAGACCAAGGAGGAAAAGCACAAGCCAGCCCCCCAGGAAGACUCGGUAGCCGCCAGCAAGCAAGCUUCCCCAGCCCCCAACAUCAGCAGCAGCUCCCAGACCCCCCGGCGGAAAAAGUAG